GACAGCACCAGUAAAGGUGCGAAUUCAAUUACGUAUAAACCACUUUCUGUAUCAACUACAGAGAGUUUGGCCAUCAAAAUUGCUAAUCAAAGAGGCAAACCUAUUCAGUUUGAAGAUGGGGAAAACAGUGUUACUUGCGUGUUACAUAUAAGACCACGUUAACUUUGCAUCUCGGACGUAAAGUUUUGAAGAGAAUCGAUCAAGGUGGGAUAAUGGGUGGAGUGGAGGAUAAUGAAACAAGCAGGUGUUGCCUACUUCCGAGACAAGUCACGCGCCUCGCGACCAUCUGCGCAGGAAGCUUCAGUGUUUCCCCACGCGGCAUGGCGGCCGGGACAAAAGUGUUGACAAUGUUAAAGAAAAAAAAAAGAAAAGAAAAUGGGUGUUCACUGUGGAACAGCAGAGGCGCGGCUUUUAUGUGAAGUGUGUGGGAGAUGGCGCACUAAUCCAUCCUGCCCCUCAUGUGUGGAAGACCAGUGUGAUUUAUGCGAGCGGUGUGGACUUCUGUUUCCACAUCCUCCACCAGAACACACCUGCGAAGUUGGCAAUCCUGCUUCUUCUGGCUCACACUCGAUUGAGGUUGAGCAGAACGGCGGCGUAGAAGGCACACGUCGGCGGGUGUCACAAGGCGACAUCCCACGCGGAGGCGGGGGAAGAGACUCGCCACGGCCGGGACCGAGUGGAUUAUUGGGGAACGUAUUCAAUUCUUCCGAGACUUCAAGUCUUUCACUACCUACACAAGACACACCACAAGUGGAGGCAGACCACGAUGAGCGCAGCAUGGCAGGAGAGUCGGCGGAUGCAGACCUUGACGAGCGCGGGAUGCCGGAAGAACCGCGGUUAAUUAGAGACGUCGCAGUGAGCGUUUUGAUACCAGAUAGCGCCAGAAUUUUUAAUUCGCCGGAAAAUAAAUACUUUUUGGGGCAAGGUUUUACAAGCUUACAAAGGUGUAUCGUUGCACAGUAAUGCGUCUGAAUUUUAAGUCAAUUAAUUUCGUGAUAACUGACAGCACAUGACAUUGUUUGAGCCUCUAUUCAUAAUUUCAGAUGAUAUUCUUAAAAGAGCCUAUAAGUGUAUCAAGGCAGGGAAUCUGUAAUUUUCUACCGACCUCAAUGGAAGUAUACUAAUAUAUACUUGCAUUUUCAUGUACUAAACAACAGGCAAAUCCAUUUAAUGUAAAGAAAAUAUAAUUUUGUAUCAGAGACUUUAUUUUUGCGGUACGAUCACUAUCCUCGGGUACUUGGGCAGCGAGCAAACCAAAACACAUGACCACGCUUACUCGACUAUCCUGCACAAUGGAUACAUCACCCCCACAAUCAUGGACUACAGCGGAAUUAAGAAAAUUCCUGAAAGAACGAGCUAUACCCUAUUCUGGAUAUAGUAAAGCAAAGUAAAGGCCUUUGUAUCGGCAGAACUGAGAGGCUAUUCUUUACACUUUACACUCCUUCCUAAAGGCGCGCGGCGCUUUCUUUAACUGAAGAAUCAUGAUCAAGAUAAGUACGUCGUACGUCCGCCAGCGGUGCUGUUCUUUUUUUUUUUAUUUCACUGAUUUCAUAUAAAGGACGUGUCAGUGAUAUCUGAUAUUUUUCAACAUUCCCAGAUAAAAUGCACAAGCCGAAAUCAACAUCCUUUUAUUUUUACUGUUCAUACUUACUUAAAAAAAAAUCAUUACCUAUUUUUAGUUUUAUCUUAUAAUUCAAUUAACAAAGCCUUAUCAUACACCAGUAAGUAUGAAUAUUAAUAUUAAGGGUUAUGUUUUUAAUUUUAGAUACACUUGUGCAGCAAUUCAUGCUGUACUUUUCCUGCACAUCGAUUUCAAAUUUAGCUAAGUCACCCCUUUGACCCAGGAAAUCGGAGACAAUUAAAAAUGCUGGCGCUGAUAGGUAUCUACCAGCCUCACUGCGAUGUCUCUAAUUGACUCGAGGGAAAAUUUUAUGAGGAGCUUCACCAGACAUCAAUAUGACAUACCUGAUCAUGUAAGCAGAGAUCCACUCGGUCUACUUACCGAAUACAGGGAGUUCUUUAUACGGGAAAUUAGAUCAUAUUUCACGUCACACAGCUCGCCAUUCCCCCCCACCCUGAAAGUAUUUUCACACAUUUCUCUGUUACUAGUGAAAUUCUCUACCUUAGGCGAGGAUGAACAUCGAGUCAUUCAUAUUGCUUUUAGAGCACGACUUAUCACCUAUCAAGAUGUGCCUGACCUUGUUGAUUUAUGGAUCCAUCAGGUGAACAGUCGGCUGGAAAGCCUUACCAGCGAGACUGAAGGAUCUGGUUUUAUCAUUUCAAGAGUACAGAAUUUUUUCAUCAACUAUUGCUUACACGUCGCAUGUAGUGGCAUAGGAGAUUAUGUUGCUUAUCCUAGAGGCGUGCGAGGUGGGAAUGAAAUUUUCAAUCCUGAUGGCCGACAUUCAUCCUGUGUUAUUCAGUGUUUGGCGGCUUUCAGACUUCAUGCUCGAGGUGUACCUUGGAAAAGAAUUCCAAAAAUAUUACGGAGACGGCAUGGCGGAGAGAAAUACGUCACGCGCGGAAAAGUAGACAGUCCAGUGACUUGGGAGAACUUGAGUCAGUUAGAAAGGUUAAAUUGCCUGUCUCUGGAUGUUUAUACACUGACUAAAAGCGGUGAGAUAUACUAUUUAACAUUAUCAAGAAAAGGCUCGCGGAAGUAUAAAACUGUAGUCUCACUCCUUUUACUAGGCAGAAGACAUAUGACGCUCAUUAAAGAUGUGGAGAAGCUGCACCGGAAAUUGACGAGAAGCUGCCCCACCCCAGAGGGUCAUCAGUUUUGCAAAAUAUGUUUCAGCUCAGUUCCCAAGUCUGUCAGUUUGAGCGAUCACGAGUGUCACUGCGACUUCACUCAAACUCUUCUCUUUCCAGGUGACGGCGAAAAAGUAAAAUUUAAAAAUUUUGCUUACACCUAUCAGCCUGCCUACUUAGCAUUUUUUGAUUUUGAAACUAUGAUAAAACCUAAGGAGAAUGAAAGUGUGAUAGCUGAACAUGACCCAAUUGGAUACUCGUAUCUCAUCAUCAAUAGGCAUGGAGAUGUCGUGGAAAAGAGAAGUUAUUUCGGCGAAGAUCCCGUGAAUAAUUUCAUUGAUAGCCUAUCUGAAGCUUGGUGAAUCAUCAAGGAAAGUGUAGUUAGCUAUCCAAUUAGCAUGUCUGCGGAGGAUGAAGACCACUUCAAACGUCAGCGUCACUGCAAGCUCUGCCAUCAACCCUUUAAUGUGAAAACCCCACCUCAUAAACAUCACGACCACUCAUUACCACAAAAUAAUUACAAGGGGGCAUUGUGCGCGCGAUGCAACCUCCAGUGUCGUGACAUGAGGAAAUAUCUCAUCACUCUGGCACAUAAUAUGAGCUUUGACGUCUCCUUAAUCAUAAAAGACCUUCACUUGCCAGAGUCGCACGUGGACAUCCUUGCCAAGUCAGAAUCGCAUUUAUUGAAAGUAAGGAUUAAGGAAUUGCAGUUUCAGGAAACGCUUUCCAUUAUGAAUGCCGGCCUCGGUCAUCUCGCUCAGAGUCACGUGCAGGCGGGCUAUAGCACGCGUUACGCCCAGGAAAUGGUGAAUUACCUUCCAGAGGAUGUAAGGCGUGUAAUUUGUACUCAAAAACAGUUUCUUUGUUAUGAGUACAUCACCGACCUUGGCCGCUUAGAAGAUCGACAAUUGCCACCUUGCGAGGCAUUUUAUGACACGCUCAAGGGGAAGGCUCUGUCACCUGGAGAAUAUGAACACGCUCAAAGCGUGUGGAGUAUGACAUCCUGCCGCACUUUAGGCGAUUACAUAAGACUGUAUUGUGAGAUUGAUGUGGGAUUACUAGCCGACACAUAUCUCAAAUAUAGAUCAUACCUGCAUGAAUUUUAUGGGCUGGACGUGGCACAUUACGUGUCACUAUCUUCUUAUGCUUAUGAUGCUUUUUUUAAAGUCGACAGGCGUUCAACUUGAUCCACCUUACGAGCCUAACAUGUAUCACCUGAUCAAAAGAAAUGUAAGAGGAGGCUUUGUAACUUGCGUCAGGCCACACCUGCAGUCAAACCACGAACCUGACGGUGGACCCGGCACCUAUGUGUUCUAUCUGGACUAUAAUUCAUUAUAUGCAAGCGUUAUGUGUUCCCCCCUGCCUAUGGGUGACAUCAAAAAACUUUCUCAGUCAGAGAUGGAUGAUUUUUUUGAAGUUGGCAUCCAGAAUCAUGCGACAGAUGGUGACGUCGGUUACUGGCUGCAUUUGGACAGCUGUGACGUUUCCCCCGACGUGGCUCGGAUCACGGACGAGUUCCCUCUGUGCCUUGCACACAUGACUAUUACAGAAGAUGACAUCUCGCCGUACAGUAAAAGACUGUUAGAAGCUGAGGGUCGUAAGCUGGGGAGGAAAAAUCGUAAACUCGUGGCCAGUCAUAAGGGACUGAAAGAUCAUCUCAUCAGUCUGGAAUUGCUGCAACUUUUACUCUCACUUGGACUGGAAAUACAAUGUGUUCAUGCUAUAUAUAGCUUCAGACAGGCUGCAUACCUGAAACCUUUCAUAAAAAGGAAUGUCGCUCAGUGUAAAAAUGAGACGUGCGCCAUUAAAAAUUGCAUUUGCAAACUGAAGUCAAACGCAGUUUAUGGUAGAUCCAUGUUAUCUGAAGUGAAGUAUGGCCUCCAACAGAAAUUAGUGACAAAAAGAAAGUCUUUCCUGAAGUAUGCAAGAAAUCCAUCCUUUAAAAGGGUCCACCAAUUAGGCGAGGAUCGAGUCAUAUGUGUCAACAGUAAGAAUAUGAUUAAAAUCAGGCAGCCAAAUUACUUGGGAUACCAUAUUUUAGAAGUGGCAAAGAAGUACAUGUACAACUUUUGGUAUCGUGUCAUCAAAGCUAAUUAUGGGGAGAGAGCUAAAUUAGCUUAUGAAGAUACUGACAGUUUAAUUUUCAGUCUGCACAUACCUACAAACUUAAAUGAUGAACUGAAACAUGGACCCAUGGCAAAUUUUCUUGACACCAGUAACUUUGCUUCAGAUCACCCGUGUUUUAAUGGGGAGCGGAAGGGUCAACUAGGCUUGCUGAAAUCUGAAACCGGAUCCACGCUCAUCAAAGAGGCGAUUAUAUUAAAGCCAAAGAUGUAUUCGCUGCUGUUGGAAGAUGACAAGCAAGUAUCUCGAGGUAAAGGCAUUCCAACUCACCUUCAGCAAAAUAUAUUGCAUCAGCAGUAUAGGGAAACACUUAAUAAUGUCGCAUGUGGGAUGGUGGAUUGCUAUAAUAUCAGGAAUGUGAAAGGACAAAUUUGUACGACUCGUAUGCGAAAGCAUACGUUGUCACAUUUUGAUGACAAGCGCUUUCACGUCGAUGGCUAUACCUCAAUGGCGUAUUAUCACCCCGACAAUGAUCUGCGGGAAAGAGAUGUGGAGAAUGAG